CAUGGAUCGUGUUUCUUUUUAUAUUAAAUUAAUAUAUUUUUAUAUUAUGUCAACCUCACAAACUAAACCUAUUCGUUGUAAUUUUGAAAGUCUUAAUAAAUAUUGUUGAUAAUAUUGAACUCCAUCACAUAAGUUGAUGCAGAAAUCUGUUUUGAUUUUGUCAACUAACUUAAUAACAGGGUUAUUAGUAUAGUAAUUAUUAUCCUUCAUGAAUGAUGUUCAAAGAUUCUUUCAAAUAUUAUAAAAGCAGGGUACCUCCUCCAGAUUUUGAUGAAGUGGUAGAUUUUAGAAGAGUAGACUUCUUCAGUGAUAAGGUUAAAAUUCUGGAACCACAUCAAGUGGAGGCGAAUGAAUUCCCUCUCCUUCUUCGCCCUGUAUCAGAAUGGAACAUUUUUGAACUCAUAGAUAAACCAGGGUUAUUGUUCGUGGAGAACCCGUGGACAGAAGUGGGUGUCCGCUACUGGGUUUGUAGGAGCCUACAACAGCUGACACGACCGCCAAGCAAGCUCAACAUAGAUCAUGACGACCAUAGAGGUGCCUGUUUGAACAUAGAGCAUAACGACCACAGAGCUGCCUGGUGGGAUGAGGCACAACUCAAGCGGUCGCAAGAUGGCGGUGCCCUGCUAAAACGUCUGCGAUGGGCUACGUUCGGCUAUCACCACAACUGGGACACUAAGGUCUGGAGCCUACAACAGCUGACACGACCGCCAAGCAAGCUCAACAUAGAUCAUGACGACCAUAGAGGUGCCUGUUUGAACAUAGAGCAUAACGACCAUAGAGCUGCCUGGUGGGAUGAGGCACUGCUCAAGCGGUCGCAAGAUGGUGGUGCCCUGCUGAGACGUCUGCGAUGGGCCACGUUCGGCUAUCACCACAACUGGGACACUAAGGUCUGGUAUGGGUUAUUGUUCGUGGAGAACCCGUGGACAGAAGUGGGUGUCCGCUACUGGGUUUGCAGGAGCCUACAACAGCUGACACGACCGCCAAGCAAGCUCAACAUAGAUCAUGACGACCAUAGAGGUGCCUGUUUGAACAUAGAGCAUAACGACCAUAGAGCUGCCUGGUGGGAUGAGGCACUGCUCAAGCGGUCGCAAGAUGGUGGUGCCCUGCUGAGACGUCUGCGAUGGGCCACGUUCGGCUAUCACCACAACUGGGACACUAAGGUCUGGUAUGGGUUAUUGUUCGUGGAGAACCCGUGGACAGAAGUGGGUGUCCGCUACUGGGUUUGCAGGAGCCUACAACAGCUGACACGACCGCCAAGCAAGCUCAACAUAGAUCAUGACGACCAUAGAGGUGCCUGUUUGAACAUAGAGCAUAACGACCAUAGAGCUGCCUGGUGGGAUGAGGCACAGCUCAAGCGGUCGCAAGAUGGUGGUGCCCUGCUGAGACGUCUGCGAUGGGCCACGUUCGGCUAUCACCACAACUGGGACACUAAGGUCUGGUAUGUGAUAGUGAAGUCAUUUGUUUCCAGUUUCGGACAGAGCGCCAUAUUCUUGGUGGGUGGAUUGACACUGGACGAGAGGCCACGGGCCGUGUUCGUGGAUAACGGUGACGUGAUGAUAAUGUCGGCCGCGUCACGACUCGUCUAUCACGGCGUGCCACGUAUCGUCACGUCACGGCAUCAGCUGGUACCUUCACGCUCUAUCAGUGCAGACAAUGGGGCGGCAUCGGCGAUAUUGAACGGUGAGCUGUUGAAUUGUAUCUUUAACGAUGACAAUGACAGAUUCUGGCGGCCAUUUUGUGACUACGUCAGCCAAUCGCGUAUCAACAUGAAUGUAAGACAGGUCCUGUGCUCGGGUCAGACAAGUCUAUAAUGAGAUUCACGUUAUAAAGUCAGCAUCAACAUUGGUGUUGCUAUCCUUGUCUAUCAUUAGACAAAGCAGAUAGCUGUAUCCUUUUCCUAGUCCGCACUGUUGCCAAAUUGUUUGUAGGGUAUGAAGAAAUGUAAAGAACUACCAAAAUAUUCAAUCGCAAUUACAGAAAUAUAGUAUUAAAUCAUGAUAAGUUAUAUUAUCUUGGUGAAUCUACAAACUAUUAUCUUUUAUUUGAGUUAUUAUUGAUAAUUCGGAAUCAACAAUAAUUAAUUUUCUAUCAAAUACGACACCGUAUACCGGAAUAACUUGGAUCACAGAUAUCUACCAUAGAAGGCACUGGUAUCAGAAAAUUGGCAACUCUGUUAUCCUCUAUCAUUUCCGUGAAUCUCUCUACAGGCUUGUGCUUAAUGGGAUAAUAAUGAAGGGAUUAUGAAUACUAUAGUAAUGUGGAAUAAUAGUGAAAUAUGUGUGGACCUACAGCUUCAGGUGAGCUCCGAACCACCAUAUAUAGAGAUUUUGCAUCUGAAAACUGUCAUUUACAGAACUGGCCCUUAGCAGAUUGAAAUGUGAAAUACAGAUAUUAUGAUAUAUAAGAUGCUGACGAGAAAUUCAGUGUAAGGCUAUCAUAAUAAUAUUAUUGUCAAUAUUAUUAUUAUGCCAAUAUUAUUGUCUACAUCAAUAAUGUACCAAAAGUAGGUACCGUACUUGAAAUCGUGGAUGAAGUACCUAGCCUACAAUAUCUUCCUCUGUAUUUUUCCAUGCAUUGUAUAAGAGGUAGUGCUGCUUCUCACAGAAGAUUGUUUAGUAAUUAUCUGUCAGUAUUUCAAAUAUAGUCUGUUAUCUGAUGAGUAAUUAUUGACAUAAGAAUGUGUAUUAUUGUAUUAUGUGUAUAGUUUCAAUUUGCAGUAAUUUUGUUUCUA